AUGUCAAGAAAAUCUCAAUAUCAAGUAAAUGCUAAAGCAAGAACCAUUACUAUAAGCAACUUCCUCUCCUUUGCUGGCGACGCCCACCCGUGCGCACUUGGCGUCGCCUUUGCCCAAGGCGUCACCUUCUUCUCCUUUGUUGGGGUAGCCCAACAGCCUGCUGUGCCUGGCGCUAGUUGUUGCAUCCCCUUUGGUGCUACCUACGUGGAGCUGGCCCACACUUUCAAUAAUUGGCGUCGUAAUGGAAGGACCUUCGUCGGAUCUCGCAGAGAUCAGCUCCCUCUCCCCAUUGAGAAGCCUGACUCGCCAUGCCUUGCUCAUAAUGGGCACCUAUCAAAAUUAGAGCUGAUGUCAAGAAAAUCUCAAUAUCAAGUAAAUGCUAAAGCAAGAACCAUUACUAUAAGCAACUUCCUCUCCUUUGCUGGCGACGCCCACCCGUGCGCACUUGGCAUCGCCUUUGCCCAGGGCGUCACCUUCUUCUCCUUUGUUGGGGUAGCCCAACAGCCUGCUGUGCCUGGCGCUAGUUGUUGCAUCCCCUUUGGUGCUACCUACGUGGAGCUGGCCCACACUUUCAAUAAUUGGCGUCGUAAUGGAAGGACCUUCGUCGGAUCUCGCAGAGAUGUUGCUAAUACCUGGUUUCGUUUGUUACCCACUACACCUGAUCUCCAUCCCCAUUUCAUUUGGAAAAGAUCUCUGUGA